CCUGAGAACUGCCAGAUACCAUUACCAUAUGAAAUUAAGCAUGGCAGAAGAAGAGGAUUAUAUGUCUGAUUCCUUCAUUAAUGUCCAAGAUGAUAUCAGACCAGAAUUGCCAAUGCUGAGGCAAAUCCGAGAAGCCCGUCGAAAAGAAGAAAAACAACAGGAAGCUAAUUUGAAAAAUAGGCAGAAGAGUUUAAAAGAGAAAGAACAAGAGAGACGUGACAUUGGAUUGAAGAAUGCACUCGGCUGUGAAAACAAAGCGUUUGCUUUGCUCCAAAAGAUGGGAUAUAAAAGCAGUCAGGCUCUCGGCAAGAGUGGAGAUGGUAUUGUUGAACCGAUUCCUCUAAAUGUCAAAACAGGGAAAAGUGGUAUUGGUCAUGAGACAUUAUUAAAACGGAAAGCAGAGGAAAGAUUAGAAAGCUACAGAAGAAAGAUUCACAUGAAAAACCAAGCUGAAGAGAAAGCUGCAGAGCAGUUUCGAAUGCGACUUAAAAAUAAGCAAGAUGAAAUGAAGCUAGAAGGAGAUCUUAGAAGAAGCCAGCGAGCCUGUCAACAGUUAGAUGCCCAGAAGAAUAUUCAGGUUCCCAAAGAGGCAUGGUACUGGUUGAAACUUGAAGAGGAGACUGAAGAAGAGGAAGAGGAAGAAAAAGAACAGGACGAAGAUGACUGUAACAGUGAAGAUUUAAGUGUACUGGAAAAAUUACAGAUAUUGACUAGUUAUUUAAGAGAAGAACAUCUGUAUUGUAUUUGGUGUGGAACAGCAUAUGAAGAUAAAGAAGACCUGUCUUCGAAUUGCCCAGGACCAACUUCUGCAGAUCACGACUGAGAGAUUCCCAAAAAAGUGGAACCGUGAACCAUGUUACUGUCUCCUAGAAACAGACAGUUCAGCAGUUGGAAUUCCUAAAUUUUUUAUUCCAGUAAAGAAAGAGGGCCUUUAUAUAAUAUUUUAUUCUUUCUGUACUUUAAAAGUACUUUGUACAAUACUUUAAAUGUAAUUGUUCAUUGACUUGAAAAAAGAAUGCACUGUUAGUUCAGAACAUAAGAAUCGUGGAUAUGUUCGAUUACAGCUUUUGUCACAUCGUGAUGCCUGAGGGGUUUAAGGACAACACCAGGUAGCUCCUUCAUUCUCCUCUUCACUUUGGAACAAGUCGAGAAAUAAGACAUGGCAGUCAAAGAGGAAUUAAAAUACCAGCUUUGCUGGCAAUGAAGGUAAAAUAGAGAACAAGGCUGACUUUGUCUUCAGUCAGACUCCCUAAUGUCGGAGGGAACCACAGGGCCCUGCCUCAUAGGGGAAGAGCCCGUCUUUGCAUCUGAGACCAGUUAGCUCCCCAAGGUGGGGAACCAACCAGGGCUGGGCACACAUGCUCACGUUCUUCUCCCAGUAUCACCUGUCAGAUAAAGACCCUUCUCUGUUUGGAAGGAAGGAUUGAGGGCCCAGAGAGCUUGUUCUUUCUCCCCAAGAGCAAAGAGAAGUUUUCUUCGCAUCAUCUAAGCCUGAGGAGGAAGGGACAAGUAUUCCCCCUCAGUAAGUCAGAGAGAAUGUUCCAUUAACAUUACUGAAUUCUAAUCCGUUUUAGAGACUAAUUAGGAUAUUUCUGGUAAAAUACAAGUUUUCUUGGCCAUGUGUAUAUUCUUUGAAAGUGGCCAGUUGUAAGUUUCUGCUAUAGAAACGUAAGAUUUGGGAGGAAUCUUAAAUGCUGUAUGAUCCAAAUACUUUCUGAAUUUGUAAACCCCAUGACAACACUCCCAGCAGGUGGAAAUCUCACUUCUGCCUUUGUUCUUCCAGCCCAGCGAGCUCACUGCUUUAAAACCAUGCUAUUACUACGUAGCUCUGGAUUAUUUUUCAUUGUUUCUCUUUAAACGGGAAUGGUUCUGAGUAUAGCUCAGAGCAUAAUGUGUGGCACACCACCUGAGAGCUCUAUCCAGGGGCAGGCAUCAAAAUCAUGGACCUUUUAGAAGCUUGUGUGUCUCCCCUAGUAAUUAGGAUUCAUGAGUAGAAUAGUUCCUGGAUAUCUGUAUUUAUUUUGAAGUCCCAGAAAUGGGGGCCAGUCUUUGGUAAAGUGGUAACUCAACAGGCCCUGCAUGGAGAAGGUCCUGGGUGUAUGGUACCAGGACCUUCUCGAGCACUGCACAUGGCCAUAAUCUGGGCCAGCCAAGACUAGGGCCGGGUUGUGGUGUGAAGAUCCAGUUGACGGUGCCUCUAUCUGUGUUUCUCUCAUAGGAGAAAUAAACUUUAAAAACAAAUUAAUUAAUUAAAAUUAAUUAAGGAACUGGCAAGUGGCAUGGUGAUUAAGGUGCUGGACUCCCACAUAGCCUACUACAGUUCAAGCCCCAGACAUGGCAGCUUGCCUUCUCACUUUCCCCUUCUCUCACUCUAUCUUAAGUCCUUAGAAUGAAUCAGCUAAGCACGUGAAGAUAAGAACUAGAGCUAUAAGGACCAGCAGUUGGCGUAAUGGUCAUGUUGCUGGACUCCCAUGUAGUCGAUUGCAGUUUGAGUCCUGGG